AUGCACGCUUUGCAUAUAUUUACGUUAGCAAUAACAGUUUUUCUAUUUGUUGAUGCAUUACCUUAUGAACGGCCUAAAGUGCAUACAAUUCCGCUAAAGAUAAAACCAAUCACUCGUCGCUGGGCAUAUAAUGUUUCCAGGCGAGCAAACGAACUAAUAACAUUAGACCAAGAUCGACCGGACCUUUCUUAUUUUGGAGAAAUUACUUUCGGCACGGGAGAACCACAAGAGCUUAAUGUGCUAUUCGACACGGGAUCGGCCGAUUUGUUUGUUAUAGGUGAUGAAUGUGAUUCACCUGCGUGCAGUCGUAAACUUAAAUAUAAUUCAUACCUUGAUGAAUCUUACAAAGCUAUCGACCUACCUUUCUAUGUCGAAUACGUUAGCAGUGCAUUUGCAAAAGGAUCUCGUGCCACGACCGAUAUCAAAAUCGGGAGUCUUUCGGUGGAAACACAAGAUUUCGGACUUGUUGACACGAUUUCCGAUAAUUUUGCCGAUCUCACAUUUUCGGGUAUAAUGGGGAUGGCACUUAGCUCAGCAAGCGAAAACGGACAACUCACACCAGUCACGAACCUUAUAAAUAGCCAGGAACUCGAUCAACCACAAUUCUCUUUUAUGCUUGGAAGAGAUGCAGAUAAUACGCCAAGCGAAUUAACAAUCGGCGGGAGUAAUCCAGCAAGAUACGAUGCUAAUUCACUUACCUGGACAAAUCUAGUGGAUGAUAAUCAUGGUUUGUGGAAGAUUCCUCUCGAUGACUGCUUUGUCAGUGACCAACCAUUAGGUUUUCAAGAUCGUAUUGGAUCAAUCGAUACUGGGUCUGCAAGCAUAAUUAUGCCACCUGCCGAUGCAAAGACACUUUAUGGUAAAAUUCCCAAGUCCGUAGCGCUAGAUAAGGGGUUCUACUCAAUACCUUGUGAAACCAAUAUUGUAAUUAGUCUGAGAUUCAGCGGUAUGACUUGGAAUAUGGAUCAUAGAGAUUUUGUACUCAAAGAAGGAGAGAAUUGCUUUGGAUCUAUUCAGGGAAUCGAUACUGGAUCGGACACAGCAUGGAUUAUUGGCAUUCCAUUCUUAAAGAACGUAUACAGCAUUUUUGAUCAAGGCGAAUUUCGGGUUGGAUUUGCCACAUUAAAACAACCAUAG